AUGGCGACGCUCGUGGGCGGGGGGUUGCUGCCGCCCCCCCCGCCGGAACUGCUGGCGAACGCAGACGCGCUGCACUGGGAGGUGCUGCGGUACGCGGAAAAGGCGCGACGGACGCCCGAGGCGCGCGCGCGUGCGGAGAGCGCGGUGCUGUGCGUGCGGCGGGCGAUCCAGGCGCUGUGGCCGGCGGCAGAUGUCGAGAUUUUCGGCUCCUUCUCCACCGGCCUCUGCCUUCCCCACAGCGACGUCGACCUGGCAGUCGUCGGCGCCCCUCCCCCUCCCAUAGAGCUCGCCAACGUUCCCGGGGGCCGCCCGCUGGUGCCGCUCAUUAGAGAGCUGGCCGCGGUGCUUCGAACCAGCCCCUGGCUCGACACCCUCACGACCAUCGAAACCGCGUCCAUGCCCGUGAUCAAGCUCCGAUGCAAGCCCGGGUGGGAAAACGAUUCCGCUCCGGGGGGUUCGGAAGAGAGCGGAUCGACGGGGGGUACCGAGACGGACGCAUCGAAGGGGGGUGCGGAGGAGAGCCAAUCUCAGGGGGAUGCGGAGAAGAGCCAAUCGACAGGGAGUCCGGAGGAAGGCGAAUCGGUCUCGGGGGCUGCGAAGGAGAACGAGGAAGCGCCGGGGAAAGAGAGCGACGCUGAAGAGCGUCAGAGCGAAGCUUCGGGGGGGGAAAGGAGCCCCAGCCAGGCGCCCCCCGUUGCGAUUGAUAUCACGAUCAUGGGCAGGAGGGGUCAGCCGAUGGGGACGGACGGGAAGGAGGGGCCGCCGCCAAAGAGCCAGCACAACGGCGCGUCGGCGCGCCAGUUUGUGAUUGAGCGGUUGCAGAGGCUGCCGGCGCUUGCCCCACUCGUGUUGCUGCUCAAGUCCUACCUCCACCACCGAGGCCUCAACGACGUUUACACGGGCGGUCUCGGCUCCUUCUCCCUCACAUUAAUGCUAGUGUUCUACUUAGAGCGAGUAGCCUUCAUACCCAUGGAGGCUCCCCCGGUUCCGGUUGCGUCCACGAGCGGUAACGAUGCUUCGGCCGGCGUUAAUGCUUCUGCCCCAGCAGCAACUAGAGCGGCCGCCGAAAUCCCGGGCAAAGAAUCCAGUGAUCCAACGACUGCGCCCGAAACGAGUUCAAUCAGCGAGGAGACAGACCAAAAGAGCGUAGGUACUGCAGACGAAGACCCCAGCAAUGCGGCGAAAACAACUAGCGUGAGCGGAAACGACGAGGAGCCAGAGAGUAUACGGGGGACAACGAGAGCGGGGGGAAAAGUCGUGGGGAUGACGGAGCCCGCGGACUGGCUCACGUCGGGGCCGAUGCCGAACCUGGGGGCGCUGCUGAUCGGGUUUUUGCACCUGUUUGGGAACGAAUUAGAUCUAGCGACCGUGCGUUUAGUGCUGAAGAGUAACGGCCAGAACGGGGGCAUCUUCUACCACGACAAGCUGACGCGGCCGGUGGCGCUGUGGAUCGACGACCCGCUGCGGCCGGGGGCCAAUAUCGGGGCGGGCUCGUUCGCUAUGUACAACGUGCAAGCCGCCCUUCGAGAGAUGCUGAAAUUCCUGUCGACUCCCCGGGUGGCGCCUCCGCGGUUUACGGACGAGUCGUCUCUGAUAGAGCAGCUAUUCAGCCAGGUAUACCCGGAGCGAGUUUUGAGCCGGACGUAGUUUGCGGAGGCAUUCGAAUCGUACAUCUCUUAAUGUACAGUAGAGGGAAAACUUUGCAAGCCCCCCUAUUGUCGAUGCUUGUGCAGCGAGUGGAAACGCACUGAAAUGCAGAGUCCAGGUCGAAGCCUCUUUUGUCUUCCUUGAUCCUCUCCAAAGCAGAUUUGAGCCUCUGCUAGGAAAGAGCCGCAGAUUGCCCUACUGAUCAGACGGGUUCAGUAGUAGUGAGGUCGUUUACGACGGGACCAUGGGGACCAUGCCAUGGCUACUAAAGACAGGUUGCUGAAUUGCAUGGCUCUAUUGGCAGCCUGACCCGAACCACCUGCGUUGCGGGAAGCUACAUUGACACGAACUGAUCUUAGGAGUGAUAAAUAUGACGCCAUGUGGAGCACUUAUCGGAACGGAUCGUAGAUAGGGGUGGGUAUUUAGAGAUAGUUGGGCCCUGUGUUAGCUGUCCUAUCACGCACUCCUAGGAGGUCAAGGAAUUUUGGAACACUGCCUCUGCUUCGCCCUCGGAAAGCCAUGAAGAAGGUGCUUAAGAUUCAAGCAUUUGAGUCCUGUGUAUAGUGUACUUCUGGCUAUGAGCUGGUUGGGUUAGCGCAGAGUUGGGAUCUGGCUUUUUGUUGCAUAUGAUGUUAGUCCAUUGAACCGAUCGUCGACG